UGCCGCGAAAAGGCCACGUGGGGACGCGGGGGGCGGGUCUGGCGGGGGCGGGGUGUCUCUGUGCAGGGUCCCCAGUCCCCGCGAUACCCCUCGGGACCCCGCGGGGACGCUUCCCAGCCUGUCUUCCCGCUCCAGUUUAGAACCUAACUCCCAAUUCCCGGGCCAGGCCUAGCCCUGGGCUCCUAUUGUCCGGUUUUUCUGAGUCCUGCUCCACAAAUGGGCAUCUUCUGCCUUGGGCCGUGGGGGUUGGGCCGGAAGCUGCGGACGCCUGGGAAGGGGCCGCUACAGUUCUGGAGCCGCCUCUGCGGGGACUCCUUGCAGGCCAGGCCCGCCAAGAAGGCUCGGGCCGAGCAGGAUGAGCCCGGGACGCCACCCUCCUCGCCGCUGAGCGCGGAGCAGUUGGACCGGAUCCAGAGGAACAAGGCCGCGGCCCUCCUCAGACUCGCGGCCCGCAACGUGCCCGUGGGCUUUGGGGAGAGCUGGAAGAAGCACCUCAGCGGGGAGUUCGGGAAACCGUAUUUUAUCAAGCUAAUGGGAUUUGUUGCAGAAGAAAGAAAGCAUUACACAGUUUAUCCACCCCAACACCAAGUCUUCACCUGGACCCAGAUGUGUGACAUAAGAGAUGUGAAAGUUGUCAUCCUGGGACAGGAUCCAUAUCAUGGACCUAAUCAAGCUCACGGGCUCUGCUUUAGUGUUCAAAGGCCUGUUCCGCCUCCGCCCAGUUUGGAGAACAUUUAUAAAGAGCUGUCUACAGACAUAGAGGGUUUUGUCCAUCCUGGCCAUGGAGAUUUAUCUGGGUGGGCCAAGCAAGGUGUUCUGCUACUCAACGCUGUCCUCACGGUUCGGGCACAUCAAGCCAACUCUCAUAAGGAGAGAGGCUGGGAGCAAUUCACCGAUGCAGUUGUGUCCUGGCUAAAUCAGAACACGAAUGGCCUUGUUUUCUUGCUCUGGGGCUCUUAUGCUCAGAAGAAGGGCAGUGCCAUUGAUAGGAUACACGAGUACCUACCAUUGUGUCACAGUUGCCUGCAGGAUUCAGUACAGUAACGAGCUGUACAGGUUUGUAGCCAGGAGCGAUAGGCUACACCAUAGAGCCUAGUGUAGUAGAUUAUCCUGCCUGGGUUUGUGUACAGACACCCUAUGGUGUACACAUAGCAGUGAAACUGCCUAACAGCACAUUUCUCAGAAUGUAUUCCUGUCAUUAGGUC